UUUGGUUAUAAAUUGUUGGCCUUUACAUGUCUCAGACUUCAAUUAUGGUUUACUCCGAAAUGGGCUUGCUCAAGCUUUCAUUGGUGGUUUUACUUUGCUCGGUUUUUUCUCUUUUGAGUUUCAUAGCACUCUGUGAUGCCUCAGAGCUCACUGUGAAGUUCUUGAAGACUCCCCAAGCAUUCUCAAAUCUCAGCUCAACCACAUUCGUCUUUGAAGUACUUGUGGACGGGAGUAGAGCUUGCACCAAUUGUAAUAUCACUUGCAAGCUGGACGAUGGCUCUGGCAGCAUUAUUGCUUCUGAAUGUGAAAAUGGGACGGUUUUGUGUGAAGGCUUGCAGGAUGGAAAUCAUAAAUUUGAGGUUUGCCCCAACGGAUCUCAAGGAGUUGGCUGCAGUAGCUAUAACUGGACUGUCGACUUAAACACGCCCCCACAUUGAAGGUUAGUUUGAGACUUUAUGAUGUAACAAUCCAGUUUAGC